AUGUCAAGGAGCUCAGUGACUCUUUUGAGCUACAUGGCGAGUUACCUGGUAUUGAUCGGAAGAACAUUGAUAUCGAGUUUACCGAUGCAUCAACUCUCAUCAUCAAAGGCCGCAUUGAACGAAGUUACACUAAAGUCACGCCUCCAAGAGGGAAUGACAACGGCGUCUCGGUCAAGAAGUGCAAGGAUCCAGACACAUUAG